AUGACGUCCACCACAGACAAGGAAACACAGCUCGCCUACCUCUCGCUUUUGUACGAGGCCGUCAAUGAGACUUGCCGCGCCGGUGCUGAUGUCACCCACUCUUCUGGUCUCGCAGGCCACGAGGAAAACUUGUCGGAUACAGAAAUCUUCCUGUGCAAGCUCGCUCAGAUCUGCGAUUCGAAAAGGGGCGGCGACACUAUCACGGCCGCAGCAUGUCUCAAAGGUCCCAACGGAGAACCAGAGUACAUCUUGAGCUCCAAUGCCAGGCAGGGUUCAGAAUCGAACAGUUGCGUCACUUACUUGAAAAACUUACUGAACCAUGUCAUUGAGAACCCGGAUCAUUUGCAGCCCAGAGCCCAGCGCAAGCAGGUACUUUGGCGCAUUCUGGAGUUCAACGUUGGCAGGGUCGGGCUCUACUUACAGGCGCUGUUUGAAACCGUAGAGCAUUGUAUUGAAAAUUGCCACGAAGGGAACUAUUCUCCAGUUAUGAAGCACCUCCUCACGAUCCAGGAGCGGUGCGGAUUUGAGCUUGUUAUGGACAGCACCGAGAACAGCAAGCCACUUUUCCUCAGCAACUGCGAGAACUUGAUCAACAUCGUCCAGGAUACCAAAGCUAAAGGCUUCGGGCGCAUCCUUGACGAGUACGCCAACAUGCCCGGCAAUCCGUACUGGAGCCAGCUACGGCAUCUCCUCGGCCGCCUGCACUCGUACCGUCACGCGGCCGACACCAUUGUCGCGGCGUCCAAGAAACAGGAAAAGCUGUUCCGGAACAUUACGGUGACAUUCGUCUCGUCGGCGCUACCCGCGCGAAGUCUGGUGCCGCAGGGUAUCCCGUUGCAUCGGCUGCUGCGCACCGCUUUUCCCGACACCGCGAGCUUCGCGGCAUCGUGCGGCAGCGACAUUGCCGAGCUCGAGAACAGCGGCCUGCACGAUCAAGUAGCCAGGCUGCAGAACAGGCACCGUACCAGGACGACAGUGCACUGCGAGGUGCUCCUUCAUGGCUACCUCUACGAGCAGGGUAAGACCUCGCCGAUGCAGUUUUUCGAAGAUAACUGCUUCAUCGCCACGAGCAAGCCGCCCUGCAAACUGUGCCACGUCUACUUUGCCGCGCUGUCCGGCCGCUUCCGCGUGCGCGCGCCGCACCUCAACAUCUACCCCAAGUGGCGUCUGCCAGACAUGGAUGACGCAGAUCGCGAGGAGAUCCUAGACGACAUGAUUGAGCAGAUGCAGGACGACACGAUGUCGCUGCUUCGCAAUAAGCGCGCGCUCUGGCGCCGCAAUGACUCCCGUACAGAUACGCACGCGGGGUUCCAGUCGGCGUUGGGGAGCGGAAUAUUGGGCUCGUCGCGCAGCGGAGGCGUGAGUGUGCGGCCGGAGUCGGCGAUGAGUAUGCGAUCGCAGACGGUGUCGGAGAUGCCGCCGCCGAGAUAUCUGCAGCCGGUGUCGACGGCUACGUCUGUUGGAGGUUGGGGUCUCCUUGGCUAG